AUGGCGGCCAACGCGGCACAAGCACCCCCGAAAAAUAACUGGUCUUAUGUUGGUGGAGGUCCAGAAAAUCACGUUACAGAAAAUCCCGAAUGGGAGAAAGCAAGGCAAGCACUUGCCUCUAUUAGCAAGAGUCCAAAAAAUGGCAAGAAUGCACAAGGCAACCUGACCGCAUUAGAGUUUCAGGCAGGAUUGAAUGAUGCUGCCAUGCAGCACCAACAAUAUUAUCAAUGGUAUCAGCAAAAUCCGCCUCAGUAUCCAGGAUACACAUAUCCUUAUAACUACUACUAUCCAAUGAAUCCGUAUGGAGUUGGAUAUCCACAAAAUCAGUAUGCAGUUCCCCAAGGACCUUAUCAAGCACCUCCACCCUCAAAUGGGCAGCCUCCCCCGGUUCCUGGAAUGGAUGAACCGACUCCCAACUACCCUUCUCAACCUCAACCCCCCUCCACUCCUCAGCCGCCCCAAAGCCCAACCACCUCAGAAAAACCUGUUGCUCCUCCGCCCCCACCCUUACCUCCCCCACCCAAUUCCCAAUACCCCCCUCCUCCACCCCACAAUGCCUACAGUUCCAAUAAUUCUGUGCCAUAUCCACACGGGGACCCCAACCAGAUUUACAACUCAUGCCCUGGACGUCCCAACUACGGGCCUGGCUUUCAGGCUCCGAACAAUUAUCAGCCCCCACAGAGUCCGACCCAGAUGCAAGCCGGGCCGUACGGAGCCGGAAUUGGCAGAGGAGAGGCUAAUAAACCCAAACCGCAAAACCCAGGACAGCAACUCUGGCAUCGCAUGAAACAGUCCCCUGGCACUGCCCCAAUGAAGUUCAAUAUUCCCAAAAGGCCCUAUCAGGUCACUGUUUCUAACCAGGCAUUCUCACCAACUGAGCAGCCUACUGGACCACCUCCAGCCCCUUCGUCUCCUGUGAAUGCAAACGCAACACCUCAGACGCGACCGCAGGACUGGCCACCAGCCAUGAAGGAGUACGUGCAGCGAUGUUUUACUGCCUGCGAGUCGGAGGAAGACAAAGAUCGCACGGAGAAGGUGUUGAAAGAGGUUCUGCAGGACCGCUUAAAGGAUGGAUCCGCUUAUACUAUUGACUGGGAUCGUGAACCGUUGCCCGAUUUAAAGGGAAAACAACAGCCUCGCUGGCACGCCGUCCCACGAAGUGUGGAAUCCUCAAUCAUUAGGGGUGGAAGUACAACUGCUUCGUCUCGAGGCAGAGGCCUAGGUCACCGAUUGGGCAACUACAGGAAUGUUUUUUCUCAGCGUAGCCCGUCUUCUAGUUCCUCACGCUCAUCUUCGCGCUCGCCCUCUCCAAACCACGGCAGAAACCGCGACCGGAGCAACCAACGGCACCGGCGCAGCGAUUCCGGCUCACAGUCAGACAACAGCCUUUCCAGUGAUCUUCGACCUCAGCUGUCAAGACGAAACCAGAAAGGUGGUCGCGGGCGUGGCAAUGACAGGGAUCGAGGGCAUGGCGGAGAGAGGGGACGAGGAAGAGGCGGAAAAGCCAGGGGCAGAAAAAACACUGAAGAUUCCAAUACACCCGGUGGUAAGAAGAGAAAAGGUGGUAGUGCUGGUUUGGAUUUCCAUGACCCUGAUAGGGAAGCCAAAAAGCAAAGCAGAGCAGCACGAUUUCAGAAGCAGCUUCGCUCGGAGCCCCUAGUCUUGUCCAUUAGCUCGCUGGACCUGCCUGAUGGGACACAGGAGGGCCUCAGCUGGGAAGACUGUCCCAUUGUCGGGACAUGUCAGGACAUCACCAAGCCUUACCUGAGGCUCACCUGUGCCCCAGACCCCUCCACCGUUCGCCCUAUUCAUGUGUUAAAAAAAUCUUUACAGGCCGUGAAAGCUGACUGGAAGAGCAAACAGGACUACGCUUAUGCCUGUGAACAGAUGAAGUCCAUACGACAGGACCUCACGGUCCAAGGAGUUCGUACAGAAUUCACUGUGGAAGUGUACGAGUGUCAUGCCCGCAUUGCCCUGGAAAAGGGCGACCAUGAGGAAUUCAACCAAUGCCAGACGCAGCUGAAGGCCCUCUACAAGGACAACCCCUCAGAGAACAUCGGCGAGUUUACGGCGUAUCGCUUGUUGUACUACAUCUUCACUAAAAACUCUGGAGAUCUCAUCACUGAACUGGUUUACUUGACUCCGGCGCUUAAAGCAGACGUAUGUGUUGCUCACGCUCUCGCUCUCCGUGCCGCCUGGGCUUUAGGAAACUACCGCCGUUUCUUCAAGUUGUAUCACGACGCUCCACGCAUGGCUUCGUACCUUAUUGACAAGUUUGUUGAAAGGGAAAGAAAGGUUGCACUUCGGGCAAUAGUCAAAACGUUUAGGCCCGAUUUGCCGGUCGAGUAUGUGCAGUCCACGCUAGGCUUCCUUUCUUUAGACUCCUGUAUGGAGUUCCUUACUGGGUUGGGUGUUACAUUCAUCCCCUCAGACCCCCUUAGGAUAGACUGCAAAAGCAGCACCACUGCCCUGGCUGCCUCCUGA